CCCGCCGCCGCGCACCGUAUAAAAGGGCCGGCGCACAAGUGGGCAAAGGGCAGUAGGAACUUUCUGCUGGGGUCUGGAUUUGGAGCUCCAGGGUUGCGUCGGCCCCGUAUGACCCCAAGCUAAGAACAAAAAAGAGACCCCAAAGAGUCUACAUGUCUAAUAUUUAGACAUGUUCAGCUUUGUGGAUUCUCGGUCGCUGCUGUUGAUAGCAGCGACUGUCCUACUCGCCCGCGGGCAAGGAGAGGAAGACAUCCAAACCGGGAGCUGCAUCCAGGAUGGGCUCACGUACAACGACAAGGACGUGUGGAAGCCAGAACCGUGCCAGAUCUGCGUCUGCGACAGCGGCAACAUCCUGUGCGACGAGGUGAUCUGCGAGGACACCUCCGACUGCCCCAACGCCGAGAUCCCCUUCGGAGAGUGCUGCCCCAUCUGUCCCGACACCGACGCCUCCCCUGCCUACCCAGAAAAUGCUGGAGUAGAGGGUCCUAAAGGAGACCCCGGCCCCAAAGGAGACAGGGGACUGCCCGGCCCCCCCGGCAGAGAUGGAAUCCCCGGCCAGCCCGGCCUGCCCGGCCCCCCCGGCCCUCCCGGCCCCCCCCGGCCUCGGCGGGGUGAGUGUGGGGGGAACUUCGCUCCCCAGAUGUCCUACGGAUACGACGAGAAGGCCGGAGGCAUGGCCGUGCCCGGGCCCAUGGGCCCAGCUGGUCCCCGUGGUCUCCCCGGCCCUCCCGGUGCUCCCGGUCCUCAAGGUUUCCAAGGUCCCCCUGGUGAACCUGGAGAGCCUGGUGCUUCUGGUCCCAUGGGCCCCCGAGGUCCCGCUGGCCCCCCUGGCAAGAACGGAGAUGACGGUGAAGCUGGCAAGCCUGGCCGCCCCGGAGAGCGGGGUCCCCCCGGCCCUCAGGGUGCUCGGGGUCUGCCCGGAACCGCCGGCCUGCCAGGCAUGAAGGGACACAGAGGUUUCAGUGGUCUGGAUGGUGCCAAGGGUGAGCCUGGACCUGCUGGCCCCAAGGGAGAGCCCGGCAGCCCUGGAGAGAACGGAGCUCCUGGGCAGAUGGGUCCUCGUGGUCUUCCCGGCGAGAGAGGCCGUCCCGGCCCGUCUGGCCCCGCUGGCGCUCGUGGCAAUGACGGCGCUCCCGGCGCUGCCGGUCCCCCCGGUCCAACUGGUCCCGCUGGUCCCCCUGGCUUCCCCGGUGCCGCCGGUGCUAAGGGUGAGACCGGUCCCCAAGGAGCUCGUGGCAGCGAAGGUCCCCAGGGUGCUCGCGGUGAGCCCGGUCCCCCCGGCCCUGCUGGCGCCGCCGGUCCCGCCGGCAACCCCGGUGCUGACGGCCAACCCGGAGCCAAGGGCGCCACCGGCGCUCCCGGCAUCGCUGGCGCUCCCGGCUUCCCCGGUGCCCGCGGUCCCUCCGGCCCGCAGGGUCCCAGCGGCGCCCCCGGCCCCAAGGGUAACACCGGCGAGCCCGGCGCUCCAGGCAACAAGGGUGACACCGGUGCCAAAGGCGAACCCGGUCCCGCUGGUGUCCAAGGUCCCCCCGGCCCCGCUGGAGAAGAAGGAAAGAGAGGAGCCCGUGGUGAGCCCGGCCCCGCUGGGCUGCCCGGCCCUGCUGGCGAGCGUGGCGCUCCUGGCAGCCGCGGUUUCCCUGGCGCCGAUGGCAUCGCCGGUCCCAAGGGUCCCCCCGGCGAGCGCGGCUCCCCCGGCCCCGUCGGCCCCAAAGGAUCUCCCGGUGAAGCUGGACGCCCCGGGGAACCCGGACUGCCCGGUGCCAAGGGUCUCACUGGAAGCCCCGGCAGCCCCGGUCCCGACGGCAAGACCGGCCCUCCUGGUCCCGCUGGACAAGACGGGCGGCCCGGCCCCCCCGGCCCCCCCGGAGCCCGAGGCCAGGCCGGCGUGAUGGGAUUCCCCGGUCCCAAAGGUGCUGCGGGCGAACCCGGCAAACCCGGCGAGAGAGGAGCUCCCGGUCCCCCCGGAGCUGUGGGCCCCGCUGGCAAAGACGGUGAAACCGGUGCCCAAGGUCCCCCCGGCCCCACCGGUCCCGCUGGAGAACGAGGUGAACAAGGUCCCGCUGGUGCUCCCGGCUUCCAGGGUCUGCCCGGCCCCGCUGGUCCCCCUGGUGAGGCUGGCAAGCCUGGUGAGCAGGGUGUGCCCGGAGACGCUGGAGCCCCCGGUCCCGCCGGUGCCAGGGGUGAGAGAGGAUUCCCCGGAGAGCGCGGUGUCCAAGGUCCCCCCGGUCCCCAAGGUCCCCGCGGCGCUAACGGCGCUCCCGGUAACGAUGGUGCUAAGGGCGAUGCUGGAGCUCCCGGAGCCCCCGGGAACCAGGGCCCCCCCGGUCUGCAGGGAAUGCCCGGAGAGCGCGGUGCUGCCGGCCUGCCAGGCGCCAAGGGUGACAGAGGUGACCCCGGUCCCAAAGGUGCUGAUGGUGCUCCUGGCAAGGACGGUCUCCGAGGCCUGACCGGUCCCAUCGGCCCCCCCGGCCCUGCUGGUGCUCCUGGUGACAAGGGUGAAGCCGGUCCCCCCGGCCCUGCUGGUCCCACUGGUGCCCGUGGUGCUCCCGGUGACCGCGGCGAGCCCGGCCCUCCCGGUCCUGCUGGAUUUGCUGGCCCCCCUGGCGCUGACGGCCAGCCUGGUGCUAAAGGUGAAACUGGGGAUGCUGGAGCCAAGGGUGACGCCGGUCCCCCCGGCCCUGCUGGCCCCACUGGUGCUCCUGGACCUGCUGGUGCUGUUGGUGCUCCCGGUCCCAAAGGUGCUCGCGGCAGCGCUGGACCCCCUGGUGCUACUGGUUUCCCUGGUGCUGCUGGAAGAGUUGGACCCCCCGGCCCCUCUGGUAACAUCGGCCUGCCCGGCCCGCCCGGCCCCGCCGGCAAGGAGGGCGGCAAAGGACCCCGCGGUGAGACCGGCCCCGCCGGCCGCCCCGGAGAGCCGGGACCCGCCGGGCCCCCCGGUCCCCCCGGCGAGAAAGGAGCCCCCGGUGCUGACGGUCCCAUCGGCGCUCCCGGCACUCCCGGACCCCAAGGUAUCGCCGGCCAGCGCGGUGUGGUCGGUCUGCCCGGCCAGAGAGGCGAGCGAGGCUUCCCUGGGCUGCCCGGCCCCUCCGGUGAACCCGGCAAACAAGGCCCCUCCGGCUCUCCCGGUGAGCGCGGCCCCCCCGGCCCCAUGGGCCCCCCUGGCCUGGCUGGACCCCCUGGAGAAGCUGGACGUGAGGGUGCCCCCGGUGCUGAAGGUGCCCCCGGCCGUGACGGUGCUGCUGGUCCCAAGGGUGAUCGUGGCGAGACCGGCCCCGCCGGCCCCCCUGGUGCUCCCGGUGCCCCCGGUGCCCCCGGCCCCGGUCCCCCCGGCCCCCCCGGGCCCCCCGGUCCUCCCGGCCCUCCCAGCGGCGGCUUCGACUUCAGCUUCCUGCCGCAGCCGCCCCAGGAGAAGGCGCACGACGGCGGCCGCUACUACCGGGCCGACGACGCCAACGUGAUGCGCGACCGCGACCUGGAGGUGGACACCACCCUCAAGAGCCUGAGCCAGCAGAUCGAGAACAUCCGCAGCCCCGAGGGCACCCGCAAGAACCCCGCCCGCACCUGCCGUGACCUCAAGAUGUGCCACGGCGACUGGAAGAGCGGCGAGUACUGGAUCGACCCCAACCAAGGCUGCAACCUGGACGCCAUCAAGGUCUUCUGCAACAUGGAGACGGGCGAGACGUGCGUGUACCCGACGCAGGCGUCCGUCGCCCGCAAGAACUGGUACCUCAGCAAGAACCCCAAGGAGAAGAAACACGUCUGGUUCGGCGAGGCCAUGAGCGACGGCUUCCAGUUCGAGUACGGCGGCGAGGGCUCCGACCCGGCCGACGUGGCCAUCCAGCUGACCUUCCUGCGCCUCAUGGCCACCGAGGCCUCGCAGAACGUCACCUACCACUGCAAGAACAGCGUGGCCUACAUGGACCAGGCCAGCGGCAACCUGAAGAAGGCCUUGCUGCUGCAGGGCGCCAACGAGAUCGAGAUCCGCGCCGAGGGCAACAGCCGCUUCACCUACGGCGUCACCGAGGACGGCUGCACGAGUCACACGGGCGCCUGGGGCAAGACAGUCAUCGAGUACAAGACGACGAAGACCUCGCGCCUGCCCAUCAUCGAUUUGGCUCCUAUGGACGUCGGCGCUCCGGACCAGGAAUUCGGCAUCGACAUCGGCCCCGUCUGCUUCUUGUAACCCCGGACGCCCCACGCGUGACAGGAGAGAGUAAUAAUAAUAAUGAUAAAAAUAAUAAUAAAAAAAACACCAAAAAAAAAAAAACCUGCCAAAAAAAAAAAAACCCAAAAAAAAAAAAAGGAGAAAAUUUCACAUGGACUUUUUUUGAAUUUGUGUCGGUUUCUAUCCAGCGUCUCUAAAACAACUCCGGUUGCGUUGCCGUAAGAGGAAAAACCUCAAAAACCCUCUCAAAAAAAAAAAAAAAAAAAAAAAAAAAAGCAUUCAACCCCCCCUAAAAGAUACUAAAAAAACCAAAUAAAUGACUUUUUCAAACAAAAUCACCAGGAAGUGGGUUCGCUUGCUUGCCCCCCCUCAUUCCUCAGCCCCGGAGAUGGCAAAGCUCAGCUCCCCAAAGGGUCCCCGAGCCCCCCGGGACCCCCAGGCCCCCUCCCCGCCAGCCCCUUUGCUUCUUGCAUCUCAUUAGAAUUUUAAUUUUUGCUGCGAGGAAGAUGUUGAACUCCUGGCUAUAAUUUGCUUUUUCUCCCUUGUUUUCCCUCUUUCUCUCCCCUCUCCUCUUUAUUUUUUAUUUGGAUAAUGCUGAUUUUGAGUUCUCUCGAUUUCCUUUUGUUCUGGUUAUUUUUUAUCGUGUUUUUUUUUUUUUCCUGUUUUGUUUUGUUUUGUCCGUUGUUUGUUGUUCAUUUUAUUUUUAUUCAGGCAGCAAAACCAAUUCACUCCCAAGCCACGGAGCAGCUCCGGCCCUGCGCUGACGCCCCUGUCCGGAUGGCUACCUCACCACUCUCGGGGUGUUUCAUUGUCUUUUUGAGUCUGAAUUUUGGGGUUCUUUUUGUUUUUAUUUAGCUUCGUUUGGAGCUUUUCAGCCGUGCCGGGACUUUCCUGCCAGGUUCAGAGCAAAGGUGCUAAUUUCCCCCCAUCAUAUUCCCCCCCUUUUUUCUCUUUGGUUGCUCUGUUGUUCUCUCAUUUUGAUUUUUCCUUUGGAGGUUUUUUUCCCUCGGGAUUUUUAUCCUGGUUUUUGGUUCGUUUUUUUUUUUUAAUUAUUAUUUUUAAAUAUUCUCUUUAAUUUUGGCCCCGGAACACCCAACCCCGGGACCGCCUGGUGCUACAACCUCCAAAGAGGUCUCAGCUUGCUCUGUUUUAAUUCCCCUCUAUUUUAUGCUUUAUUUCCCUCCUGUUUUUUGCUGCUCAGCUCCACUGGGGAAUUUUCCAAAGGUGCUAUUCCCUCCCCUCACCUCCACCUCCGACACCCCACCAGCAAAUCCCGCAGAACAAGAGGCACCGAAUUCCGAGGGAAAAAGGAAUAAAUCGAUUUUCCAGGUCGAGCAGGUGGAACUUCAGCUCUGCUCUCAUCUUCCAGCAGCUUUUUUCCAUCCAUCCAUCCAUCCAUCCUUCCAUCCAUCAUCCAUCCAUCCUUCCAUCCAUCAUCCAUCCAUCCCUGCAUCCUCCCCGGGCACGGAGGGCCACGAACCCACUCCCUUUGCCAAGCCCAGCUCUGGCAUUUCCCCGGGUUUUGUACCUACUUUGUAUAAUGUAUUAUAAUAAUAACUAAUUAAUUAAGUAAUUAAUAAUUUUAAAGCGGUUUGGGGGUUUUCUUAAUUUUCUUUUUUUUUUUUUUUUUUUUUUUUCGAAAAUGGAUAUUAUUAUUUUUAUUUUUUUUUUUCUUUCUCUGACUGCUGAAAUAAAGGCAUGUGAAAUGAUCCAACCAA